AUGCCACCGUCUCCCCUGGACAUCCCUCACCGCCAUACCGAUACCAACGGCGACUUCGAGCCCCUCUCCCCCGGCACCUAUGAAAACGGAUUCCCUCACAGUUCCAGCCCUCCACCACGCACAGCAACACCUCCCACACCCGGCACGCCCCGCCAACAAGGCAUGAUGAACGUGAACGCCCCCCACCGCGGCUCCGUCGACGUCGACCUUACCGGCACCUCCGCAGAUGCAGGCGGCGGUGCGGGCCUGGGCAACCUCGCAGAUGAGCUGGCAGAUGCAUGGGAGGAAGAAGAGGGGUAUGGAUACGGGUAUGGAUAUGCGUCAGGGCAGGAGACUGAUAACGGCCCCGUGGAUUUACAGCAGCAGGAUGUGAGUGACGGGGAGGAGGAUUAUGAUGUGGGAGGAGGUGCGAGGACGCCAUCGUCGGGGUACUCAGUUGAGCAUAAUUCGUUGCAUCCGCCGAGGCCGAAGGGGAGGAAUGCGGCUCAGCGGCAUAGGCGGCAUGAGUCGCAGUAUGAUGGAUCGGAUUAUGGGAAUGAUUCGGAUCUAGAGGAGGCGGCGGAUAUAUCGCCGAGUUUGGAGGGGCAGAUGGCGGAAAUUGAGAGUCUGGCGAGACGGGGGAUGGAGAAUAAUGGCAGCGAGAACGACCAUGUUAUCAAGCGGGCUGUUGAAGCUCUUCGGGAUUUGGGUGGUCAGAGUGGAAUUGAGAAUAAUGCGAUGCGACUCAUCACAGCACACACCUCCAUCACGUCGCAUCUAACUCACCAAACCCGCACCCUCCAAACACUAACGCACCCGCUCCUCUUCUCGUCCUUUCCCCUCCUCUCCGAAGACGCCAUCGACGCCCUCAUCCCCUUAAUCGACACCGAACUCCUCCCAAACCUCCCCUACCCCUUCCAAGGCCAAGCCCGCCAUUCCUCAACCACAACCUCGACACCAGCAACAUCCCGACCAGGCACCCCCCACUCACACUCACACUCACAUUCCCGCUCUCACUCACAGCCACAAUCACACCUUAACCCACUAACAUCCCUCCAAACCCUCAUCUCCCAAACCUCCGACCUCACACACUCCCUCCAAGGCCUCAGCGACACCCUCUACGAAUCCCGCCAGUUAACAUCUACUGCCUCGCGCCGUCUGCGCUCCGCACGCGAACUAGUCGCCGAGCUCCGCCGUGAGGAAGAAGGGCGCGAGGAAGGCUCACGGUGGCUUGAGCGCGGGGAUUGGGAUCGGAAGUUGAAGGAGAGAGAGGCGGGGAGGGAGUGCGGGGAUGUGGUUAGUGGGUUUGAGGCUGUUUGUGGGGAGUGGAGGGAGAGGUUGUUUGGGGCUGGUGCGGGGGAGGUUGCUGCUGCUUGA